AUGGAGUUAGCCAACAAGACUGGGGUACAGGAGUUCGUUUUGCUAGGAUUUGAAGCCCUACAGCAGAAGCGGAUUCUGCUCCUCAUCUUUUUCAUCGUCCUCUACGUCCUCACUUUGGCUGAGAACAUCACCAUCAUCACGGUGGUACUGCUGGACCCCCACUUGUCCCAGCUUCCCAUGUACAUCCUGCUGGGCAACUUCUCCUGGCUAGAGAUGUGUUACGUGACAACCACAGUGCCCCGCAUGCUCUUUGACUUGGCGUCCCCUCAGGGGAUCAUCUCCUUCGGAGACUGUUUCCUCCAGUACUAUCUUUUGUUCUCCUUGGGCUCCACUGAAGACUUUUACCUUUCAGCCAUGGCCUUGGACAGGUAUUUGGCCAUCUGCUACCCACUACGCUACCCACAGAUUAUGUCCCCAAAUUUCUGCUAUGCCCUGGUGGCUAGUUGCUGGGUGCUUGGUUUCCUGUGGCAGAUUUUGCCAGUGGUUUUGAUCUCCAAGUUAUCUUUCUGUGGCCCCAACGUCAUUGACCAUUUUUUGUGUGAUCCUGGGCCAAUUUUGUCCUUGGCCUGCCCUCCAGUAGGAAAGAUUCCCCUCAUUUGUCAAAUUGUUGCAGAUACAGUGGUCAUUCUAGGCAAUUUCUUCUUUGUGGUCCUGUCCUACAGUGCUGUGAUCCUUACCCUGUUGAAAACCUCUAGCCAAGGCAGCCGGAUGAAGGCAUUUUCUACCAUAUUUUUUCACUUAGUGGUGGUGACCCUUUUCUAUGGCCCUGUCGCAGCAAUGUAUGUAAUUCCAGGUGGGGAAAGACAUUCAGAGGUCACUAAGGCCGUAACCCUUUUCUACUCUGCCAUCACACCCUUUCUCAACCCCUUGAUCUACUGCCUGAGGAACGAUCAGGUGAAGGAGGCCCUGAGAAGGCUGCAGAGGAGAAAGCUAGCCCAUCACACGGAGCACCAAUGCUACCGCUAG